UUUUGACUAUCAAACGGAUUUGUAUAUAGUUUCAAGUUGAUCCUCGCAUAUCAGUUGAACUUUGACGGAAUCUUAUUACGUCAGGAUUCAUUCUGGUACUUUAUCAACGAAAUUCUUGGUAAUCGUCAGAAUUCACUCUGGUAUUGUGGAAAUCAGGACCAUUCGUGAGAACUUUGAAGUGAAAAAUUCGAAUAAUGCCUCUGACAAAAACAUUCUCACAAGAAGUUCAAUGUCAAUGGCACGAGGAAAACCUGAAGUAAUUCUGUUUUCGAUAAAUUUCGAGAGAAUGGCAGGGUGGUAGAUUUACGAUGGAAGGAUUCACACGUGACAAUGUUUGGUUAAAUAGGAAAGAUCUGGUGAUUGAGUUGUGGUUGCUCUGUACGAAGUAACGUGUUUUUUUCAAAUCUGUGGCAUAAUACACAGGAGAAAAUGGUGGAGAAACAAACAUUAGCUAAGACUGUUCGUCUUUUGAAAACUCCAGCAGUGGUGAUGUUUGGGAAUCCACUGCUGGAUAUUGUUGUCACUCUUCAGGAUCAGAGUAUCUUAGAAAAGUAUGAACUACCAGCGGAUGGAGAGAUUGAACUUGAAGAGGAUAAGAUUCAGGAGAUUUUGGCUGAUUUAGCAGAAUGCGAACAGAGAAUUAGUCCAGGGGGUUGUGCUCAGAACAGUGCCAGACUGCUUCAGUGGCUCUGUGGAGGUAAAAAUGUUUCACCUGUCGUUGUCUAUUGUGGAGGAUUAGGAAAGGAUUCUAGAGGUUCAACUCUACAAAAAUUAGUGAAAGAUGAUGGAAUACAAACCAGAUAUGCAAUGCAUUCAACCCUUCCCACGGGCAUAUGUAUGUCCUUGAUAUGCGAUCAAUCCCGUAGUUUGAUUGCCAACCUAGGAGCUGCCUCUCUCUACACACCGCUGGACUUGAAGCGAAGUAAUUUGCCUCUCGAUGGGCUCAAGAUAAUCUACAUCGAGGGAUUUUUCGUAACGCAUAGUUUAGAUGUUGCCAAAGAAAUUAUCGUACUUACCCAAGAGAAAUGUAAAAAUGUUGUUGUAGCCUUCAAUCUUAGUGGAGAGUAUAUAUUUAAAGAACAUCAUGCAGCCAUUUGUGAGAUGGUUGGUCUAGCCAAAAUUGUGUUUGGAAAUGCGAGAGAAAUGAAAGCUCUAGCAAAAGCUUUGAGUCUGCAGUUCGAUAAUGUCACGGACAUUCCUUUCUUAUUAAACAGCUCCAAACGAGUAACGGUCAGUGUAGCCAGUUCAAGUGCAGAAGAAGAUUGGCUAACAGACAACGAUAUAUUUGUGAUGACUCAGGGUGGAUCAGCGCCGGCAAUCGUUGUUUGGGGUGAAGGUCAUUCGUCGCAGGUUCACCCAAAGAAACCAAAGGAACCAAUAGUCGACACAACUGGAGCUGGAGAUUCCAUAGUUGCAGGAUUUUUAGCAGGUGUUUUAGCUAAGUGGGAUCCAAAAUCUUGUCUCGAGUGCGGCUGCAGGACGGCUGCCAAAAUAAUUACGAAAUUAGGGGUUAAUAUACCUUCCAACGAACCGGCUGCGAAUUUUAAUUGAUUAUGAAUUUUGCGCAAUAUUAUGAUCUUGACAUUUUGGUGGAUUAUGGUUUCUUCCGGAAGAAAGUUUCCCUUGUGUUUGGCUUUCUACUGAUUACAAAUAAAAUAUUUAUUUAAUGUUAA